AUGACUGACGCGACAAACAAUGACGACGCCUUGAAUUACGAGCAAACUCACGUCCACGCCGUAUACGACUCGAUUGCUGCGCACUUCAGCUCUACGCGAUACAAGCCAUGGCCAGUCGUCGACGCGUUUCUGCGUCAGCUACGGCCCGGUUCCGUCGGACUUGAUGUUGGCUGUGGAAAUGGGAAGUACCUGAACGUCAAUCAGGAUGUGUUCAUUGUCGGCUCUGAUCGGUCCACGAAUCUCGUUCAGCUCGCUCGGCAGAAUCAGGUGACUCGUUCCGAGGGUACCGGUGUGAGCCGGCAGGACGUCGUCGUCGCAGACAGCCUAUCACUGCCGCAUCCUCUACAUGCCUUCGACUUUGCGAUAUGCAUAGCUGUCGUUCAUCACCUGUCUUCUACGGAGCGGAGGGUGGCUGCAAUCAAGGCGAUUCUUGAUGUGUUGCGUCGUAGUACGCCAGACCAGCCUGACGAGCAUAGAGCGAGACCACCAACAUCAAGUAUCGACGGUCAUUCCGAGUUAGGAUCGACGACCUUUCCCACCAACGAGCUUCCACCGCCUCCGACACCCGGCGCAGGGCUAGGCCAAGCGCUAAUCUUCGUGUGGGCGCUCGAGCAAUCGGCGACUAGCAAGCGAGGCUGGAAAGAUGGCGACGCACAGGACGUGCUUGUGCCGUGGGUGUUGAAGGAUUCCGCGAAAGCGAGUCGGGCGUCGUCGGAGACUACAACUACAAGCAACGCUGGACCACCACACAAUGUUGAAGCCGAUGAUGAACCGUCAGGUAAGAGUGAUUCCACUGGAGGUGGUGGUGAGGACAAAGUCUACAACAGAUUCUACCACCUGUACAGAAAAGGCGAGCUUGAGAGCGAGUGUGAAGCAGCGGGCGGGAACGUGGUGAAGGGGGGGUAUGAUCGAGAUAAUUGGUGGGUUAUUGUUGAGCCCUCUUGA